AUGUUGUGUUAUCCCUAUCACUCCCAUACUGACCGUUUUCUUUCUCUCUCUAUGUAUGGAGAAAUUUUCUCUUUACCUCUCACAUACAACAUUUGGCAAUUUUGCACGCUCUCUCUUACACUCUUUUUUUUGUUGUUGGCUGUUUUUCAACCUCUCUCCCAUCAACAGUAUCUCUCUUUCCUUAUCUAUUGUCUCUCUCUCCCCCGUCCUCGCUUUUCACACCCAAUCUCUCUCUCUCUCUCUCUCUCUCUCUGUGUUCUCUCAUCGUCUCUCUCUUUUCUCUCAUUGAUCAUUUUCUCUCUCUCUUCUCUCAUCGACCUUUCUCUCUCUCUCUUCUCUCAUCGACCUUUCUCUCUCUCUCUUCUCUCAUCGACCUUUCUCUCUCUCUCUUCUCUCAUCGACCUUUCUCUCUCUCUCUCUUCUCUCAUCGACCUUUCUCUCUCUCGCUUCUCUUCUCGACCUUUUUCCUCUCUCGCUUCUCUCCUCGACCUUUUUUCUCUCUCUUCUCUCAUCGACCUUUCCUCUCUCUCGCUUCUCUCCUCGACCUUUUUUCUCUCUCUCUUCCUUGUUAAUCCUUCUGUCUCUCUCUUUCUCAUUUUCUCUCUCUCUCUCUCCCCGUCGACAAUUUUGCUUUUUUGCCGAUAUCCCCUCUCGUUAUUUUCUGUUUUCUUUCCCUUCAAUAUUAAAACCUCAUUAAUACCUGGUAUUAAUUUGUUUGCAACUAACAUCACAUGUCGUCUGCUUCCGGGAAAUUGCCUCAGUCUUUCAAUUUUUAUAGGAUUUCUUGCAAUUACUGAAAGCCUUUUUUUUUCUUCUUCUUCUACCUUUGCAGGACAGUUCGUGUUUGGCCUUACUGCUAUUGAUUCAGACAUUGGGCCCAACGGCAAACUCAUUUACUCAUUGUCCGGUCCUGACAAAAGCAGAUUCAUAAUCAAUUCGACCACUGGUGUUGUUAAGGCCAAUCAGAACCUUUACAGAAUGACUGGAAGCCAAUUUACAGUUUAUGUCACAGCAUCUGAUCAAGGAGGAUCAAAUCAACAAACUGGCACGACCACAGUUGACAUUCACAUCAUGGAUGUCGACGACAACGCACCGCGUUUUACACGCCUGUUCACCGCUAGCAUUCCCGAAAAUGCUGAAGUCGGUUCCUUCGUUCUCCAACUCUCCACAAAAGAUCCAGACAUCGGGAAGAAUGCAGAAGUCACCUAUGAGCUCCUCAACAACCCUUCCAAUAAAUUUUCUUUGGACCCAGUGAGUGGAAACAUCACGGUUAAUGAACCCCUCGACCUCGAGACCCAACAGUACUACAGAUUGCCAGUUGCGGCCAAGGCCAGCUCAUAUAACACGCGCACCGAUGUGACCAUCGAAGUCACUGACGUCAACGACAACGCCCCGGUUUUCUCUAAGCCGGUGUAUACGUUCGAGGUCUCUGAACUACAGGUACUUCCAGUCCAAGUUGGCAAGGUGAUCGCUACUGACCAUGACAAGACCUCCCCCAGUAACCAACUGUAUUAUUCCCUGAAGAUGCCGUCGAAACUGUUUAAUAUCACUGACAAAACUGGCGUCAUCUACACUAUUCAGCAGCUACACUAUGACAACACCAGCCUGUACAACCAUCACGAGCUGGUUGUACAGGCUGUGGAUUUGGGUGUCCCUUCUCGUUCAUCAGAGGCCUUGGUCACUGUUAACGUGAUAGAUGCAAAUGAUAAUCCUCCGCGCUUCGAGAAAAGAUUCUAUUUUUCAGCCGUUCCUUAUAACGUGACUAUUGGUGAUAAAAUACUUCAAGUGGUUGCAAGACAGCUGACAAUUAAUGGCAAGUGGCAAAUCGUUGACACAGACAGCAUGAUAAUGAGUAGUCCUAAUAUAACCGACUACAUUUGCAAGUGUUCUGUUGGCUACGGGAGCACGAACUGUGACAUACAGGAGAUGCGCUGUGGUCAGGUGUAUUGUCACAAUGGGGGCACCUGCACUGCCAAACCAAACGGAGAUUCGUUCUGCAUGUGCUUGGAUGGAUGGACGGGACCAAGCUGCACCGAAGACCUGAAUGAAUGUGAGAGAAAUCCGUGCCAGCAAGGUACGUGUCACAACACACCGGGGUCGUUCACCUGCACAUGCAAGAAGGGAUUUUCUGGACGUUACUGUGAGACAGGGAUUGACCACUGUAAACCAAAUUCCUGUCAAGGUGGAAGUACCUGUGUUAGCGAUUUGGAUGGCUUUACCUGCCAGUGUCCAUAUGAUAAAUGGGGCAAGUUCUGCUCUAAAAUGACAUACAGUUUCGGUGAACUAUCUUUCCUUGAAUUUCCGACAAUUGCAGAGAAUGUGAACAAUAUUACAAUCUAUCUGGCGACAAAAAUGACAAACGCUCUUUUGCUCUACAAUCCUGCACAGCUGGCAAUUGGCCGACCAGCAGAAAAUUUUGUUGCUCUUGAAAUUGUUGAAGGUAUGAUCCAUUUCUCGAUUUUGACGCAGAAAACCCCUAUUCUACAGCUGAAUGUACCCUACAAAGUGACUGACAGUUCAUGGUAUAAAGUACAAGUACUACGUAUCCACCGGCCAUUGGCUUCUCGCACUGUUAGCCAAAAGUGUGUCCGUAAUGAUGAAAAAGGACCUUGCAGCUCCAAUCCAUGUGAAAACGGAGGAACAUGUCAAGAUAAAUGGAGCACUUUUCACUGCAUCUGCCCAGAUAAAUUUAUGGGCGCCCAGUGUGAAAAAGAAUGGAAACCAUUCUCUUUUGCUGGAGGAGCACAUUUGGAAUUUAUCAGACGCGAAACUUAUCAUAGGAAUAAUGUUCUUCAAGAAAAGUCAGUGAGUCGUCAAAAGAGAAGUCUUCAGAGUGGUCAGAAUUAUGUGAGCCUCCGAUUCCGAACCCAGAAAGACUCUGGACUUUUGUGGUAUGCAUCAAGCAAGAAUAAAUUCAGCAUGCUUGCAAUUAAAGGACAACAACCAGUGUUUGUCGCAGGACAGAAAUCUGGUAGGAAGGAAUCCAUAGUAACAUUGCCUCUCAAUGUCUCCAAUGGUUUUUGGUACACACUGGGUGUAUUAUUUGAAGGUUUUGAUGGUUGCCUGGAAAAUUUUGAACUCGACGGCAAAAAAUUACCAUUCGGAGGUUCAACUGACCGAUUUGAUGUUAAGAUCGUUGGAAACGUUAGUUCUGCUUGUCCAAGUGUAUGUGUGACCAGUCCAUGUUCAAGUGACAUGAUUUGUGAAGAACUGGCCAAUGGUUACCGAUGUGUUCCAAGCAGUGCCCUGACCUCGGGCUCUAAACUCGUAAUCAUGAUUGUUGUCCCUUUGUUGGUCAUCAUUAUCGUGCUGGUCAUCGUCUGCAUCCUCAUCUGGAGGCAAAAAAACAAGCGGGGUAAAAAGAAAAGUGUGCUGGGAUCCCUCUGCAAACAAACUCGUAACAACGGUACAAUAAAAAAUGGCAGCCAAGGUGUGGUUGGACCAAACUAUAGUGAGGCUGAGUAUGAAGACUGUAAUGUCCUUCCUGACGAGAUAAUCAUUCGGAACCAUAUUUUAGGUGAACUUGCUCAGAAAGCGCACGAAAGCAGUUGCAUGCCUAAACCGGAUAUUAUAGAAUCUGAGAGUCGCUCUGUUAUACCCUUGGAGAUGGAAGAUGGCACUGUGAUCAUAGAAAAUGGAGAUCACUCCCAGGGUAACCACAUGAACGAAGAUGUACCCGAACACUAUGAUCUGGAAAAUGCAAGCAGUAUAGCACCCUCAGACAUAGACAUUGUAACCCACUACAAGGGCUUCAGGGAUGGCAAAGUGAACAAAUAUAAACCUGGACCUAAUGUUCCGGUUCACCGCCAGCGAAAUAGUCCCUACUUGAUGAACCAGGACCACUGUUCUUCUCCCUGGUCUUCGAAUAGCCCUGCAGCAAAUAUGUUGAACUACAACGGGCCGUUAUCAGUGCCUGCACGUAGCAGUCCAAUGCAUCUGAGUAACUUAGCUCGCAGUAGUCCAGCUCCUCCGGGUCCGCAAGCGGGUCCAAUGAAUCUGGCAACACGUCAGAGUCCCAGCCUCAUGGUACAAAAUUCAAACACCCAUUGGAGCCAACAUUCUGCAUCCGCAGAGAAUUGUAUGGGCAAGCCAGGCAAGUCCAAACAGAAAGCACCAAAGCCGCAACCAGCCCCAAGAGGGGGUGCCGCAGCAAACCUCAAGGGGUUGACGGUUGACGAAGUGAACCGGCUGAAUGCCCGUCCUGUCUCCACCAACCCAGAGAGCAUGCUGGAAGCAGUGACGUCCAGUGAAGAUAACCCGCAUUUGCGGGGUAGGCUCAACAAGCCGAAUACAUGCAGCAUUCUCGACGCUCAAGACACAAGCUCAAACGAAAGCGCCAACGACUCAUUCACCUGCUCCGAAUUUGAGUACGAUAAUGAGCGUGCACGUAACGAUUUUGAGCCGGGCGCCAUGAUCUACUCCAAGUUGACAGAGGUAGAGAAUGAAAAUGACGAAGACGACAGCCCUGUCGAUAACAGAACGUUUGAUUAUGACGGGUUGGACUCUGCCGGAGAGUCUUACAGCACACUAGUGUCCUCCGAUGAGGAUAAGUCGAAGAACCGUGGCACAGUUGGCUCAUUCGACCUGGACUAUUUGCUUACAUGGGGGCCAAAUUUUGAAAAACUAGUUGGCGUUUUUAAAGACAUUGCUUUAUUGCCAGAUAGUGAAUAUAGUCCAAAGACGCAGGAGGAGGAUGUAACAAAUGUUGGGGCAAAAUCUGAUGAAGAGUAUGUAUGA